AUGGCGAAGGAGGAAUCGAAGUACGGUUUCAAAGAUAAGGCAAAGGCUGAGGAAUCUUUGGAACUGCUCAAAAGUGAAGAUCACAAGUAUCAGCUUCUAACGGUGCGCGGUCUCAUCGGAAGGGCGAAGCGUGUUUUGACUUUAACAAAGGCUGAAGAAAAGGUAAAAAAUAUCAAAGCUGCAAUUGAAACAUUCGAGCAGUGGCUUGAGAUCAACAGCUCUUCUAGCACCAAGAAUGCUAAGCCAAAAGACGCUGAGGACAAGGUUGAAACCGUGCCAGGUCUGGGCUUCAAAGACAAACAGGCCGCUGAGAAAACGUUGAGUAUCCUGGAAGGUCGCGAUCCUGACUACCAGAAGCUCGCGAUCAAGGGUUUGCUCGGAAGUGCAAAGCGCGUCAUCCCGGCGACAAAGAACGAAGACAAACUAAAAGCAAUCAAUGAAGCGGUCACGUUGUUUGAAAACUUUCUUGAUCAGUUCGAUCGCGAGCAACGCAGCAAGCAAAACAAGCCCUACCUUGCGAUCGAGCUGAUCCGACAGCUACCCGUACCCGAUCAGUCGGAAGAGCUUGUGAUCGAGUUUCUUGAAUGCUACGAGACGGUGGCCAAAGGAAACUACAAACAUCUUCGCACCAAGGCGCCCGCGGACAACUCGAAAACCUGGGACAUAGUCCGGAACAGCAAGCUGAACGAGCUAAAGCCUGACAGCAGUGCGAAAUUGUUCGAUGCUGAUGGUGCACCAACUGAAGCACACUUACAGAUGAUCCAGUGGGCCUACAGCCCUCAGGUGGAGAAGCUUAAAGCGUAUGUAAGUAAGAUGCAACAAGGUGCAAAGUCCAAAUCACCGAGCGGCCGAAAACGUUCCCAUUCUUCUGUUUCUGACGACGAGAAAACUAAAGCAAAAGAGUCUAAGAAGCCCAAAAAAUAA